CAAAAAUAGGUCGUGAGUACGUCUUCCUUAGAAAACAAUUGCCGUUGUCAAAGCUUAUUCCUGGUUUUUCUAAUACAGACAUUGGAAAUAACGGAGAUGCAUGCUAAUCAGUGGGUCUUCUCGGUGUUCCUAUCCACAUUUGGCGCCAUCUACUUAAACCAGCCUGUAUUCCAAAACCCAACUUAUUGCCACCGCUUUGUUUCGCCUCAGAAUACGCGGCUUCUUACUCCUUGUACAUUUCCCUGUAUAUUACUGUCGUCGGAGGGUGCAUCUGUUAUUGUGCUCUCAGAGCCAGACGGAGUGCCAUGCAAGAUGGGGCACUGCAGAAGAGGUGUUUGCAUUGAAACUAUAAAUUACUCCACUAUGAAGUUUUCCCAAGGAAUCCAGGGGUCCGCAGCAGGUGGUGGCCAGAGAAGGAGCACUAUAAAUAGAUAUAAACAAAAUUUUUCCACACUCAGUGACUCGACAACUUCUGAGGACUUCAUAAGGAAAAACCCAAGCUCGUACUCCACCAUCAAAACGAAAGGCGCGCCUAUGACAGCGGAUUCGAUUUCGACACACAGCGCACCAAUCGUCACAGAAGUGCAAUCCGGCAGACACGGCAGUAUAGAUCAAGUGACCCGGUGUCGAUUCCGUUCAAAACGCAACUCGAGAAGAAAUCAAUCACUGUGCCGGGAACAUCGCAGCCGUAAAGACAGUAACUUAGCUAAAAAUUAUGAUUAUAAUGGAGUCAAGAAUAAUGAAGAAAAUGAUAUUAAAAGCAACUUUGUUGGUAGGGGCUCUACAUUACCCACAGGCCGGAACAAUAUCCCUAUAGGACAGCCGAGUACUGCUGCAGAAAGGCACGAUGUGCAGUCAAGUACCAGAUCGAUCGGCACUGCCAACUUUUAUGGUGGUUUAAAUUGUACACAAAGGAAGGCAAGUGCUGAUGACAUUGAUGGUUACACAACAAGCCAGCCAAAAAAAGGCAGGCGCUCGAAAUUAGAAUAUGGCGUGAAGGCUGUGAAAAGAGCACGCACUGUUAACCGUGUUUUAAAAGGUGGUACGGCAGCCUUGCUAGGACUACUCAAGACUAUUGACGGUAAACCAGCCGAGGAUGGCAGUGUCAAUGAUCGCAAUAACGACAGCGUUAGCGACCCCGGGCGCCAAAAAGCAGCUGAUAAGGAUGCUGGCACUGAAAACACUGAUGCUAAUAAAAAUGAUACAAAAACCAGUUCUGGCCCGGACGACGCUGCCGCUACUAGCGACAAGAACAAGGCGUCUUCCGAUACUAGCGACAAGGACAAGACAUCUGCUGGCAGCGGGGGAUCAACAAAUGGCAAUAAAAGUGAUCGUAAAGGCAGUGAAGCUGGGAAGGACGCUAAAAAGAAUAAAGAAGGUCAGAGCAGAGCUGGUGACAGUGGUGGCAAAAACCAAACUGGCGUUCGCAAAAAUGGCAACGAUACAAUUAAGGGUGGUAGUGAAUGAUUUGCGUGAAGUAGCGAGCCGUCCGUCCGAAGACCGAAGUAUCAAAUUUUUGAAGUGCGAAUGGUCAUCAGAUGCGACAAAAACCAACUUCCUGAUUUUGGCAUGUCCCAUGACAAACUAUAGGUACGUUUUAUCACGAAGUUUCAUUGUAGUUGCCGCUAUUUUUUACUUGUGUUCCUUGCAAUUAAAACUGGGCUGAACCCGGCAACGCAACGUGGAAUUUCAUAUCUUCGUAAUGCUGGGUCAUGCGCGUAUCUGCUUGUGUGCUUUCGAGUGCGCCCACCUGCGCCACACGAUAAAAUAACUCGAUGUCGAUGGUUUGUGCAGAAAGCUGUUACACGUAUAAGUGCU